AUGUUCUUUAGUCAAGCAAAGUCAUAAACAAUUCCAAACUUGUAGUCAUAACAGACAUAAAAAGAAAUUCAAGAUACUGAUGUUUUGAUAGUUGGAGGUGGUAUUGCAGGGGCAUCACUUGCAUGUGCUCUUUCAUCAUCACAGUACUUUGACACUAAAGAUCAUUCAAGCCAGAAACUUAAAAAAAUUGUGCUUCUGGAUCAUACAAAGUUGCCUUCAAUGUCAGCUUACAGAGAGGAUAGUCAAAAUUUAUCAAAAGACAAAAGAAUACCAGAACCAAGAGUUAUUACUUUAUCCCCUAACUCACUUAGAUUUCUGAGAUCAAUUGGGGUACUUCAAAAAUGCAAUUAGAAAUUUAUCACAGAGUUCCAUGAUAUGCUUGUUUAUGAAGAGAUGGGAAAUGCAUAUAUGAGAUUUGGUUCUUAAAAUAGGUAGCAAUCUUCGAUGAUACAAUUUUAAGAAUACUUGAUGAAAAAUUUGUUAUUUAAUGAGGAACAAAGAUAAGUUUUUGAGGAAUCUUAGAGUCAUAUGGGUGCUUCUGUUGAGAACAAUCAUUUGCUGGCUGGAUUAGUAGAAAGAACCUAGGAACUUAAUAAAUGUCAGAUUUUAUAAAGAAAAGUGGUUAAGAUUGAAGUUCCGAAAAGCCAAAGUGAAAAGCCUAUUGUUGAAUUAGACGACGGGACACUAAUAAGAGCUAAACUAGUGAUAGGCAGCGAUGGAGAAAAAUCAAAAGUAAGGGAGGAAUUUGGAAUUAGGGCAAGUGGAUAUAGCUAUGGACAAAAUGGACUUGUGUGUACUGUAAGAACAAUUAGACCAAAUACAAUUGCUUAUUAAAGAUUUCUUAGAACUGGACCAUUGGCUCUAUUACCUUUAUGGGAUAAUCAUUCAUCUAUUGUUUGGUCUUGCCCACCAGAACUUUCAAAAGAUUUGAUUGAUGUUUCUGAGGAUAAAUUUGUAGAAUUACUAAAUUAAGCUCUCUAGAAAUCAUCCGAUCAUUCUCUCAUGGGCUAAAUUCCAGAUAGAGUUUUGAAAAGAAAUACAUUUGAACUUCCACCAAUUAUUGAUAAGUUAGAAACUAAGAGAUUUGCUUUCCCAUUAUCUUUGCUCCAAUCAGAAAAUCUAGCUGCUUAAAGAGUUGCUUUAAUAGGCGAUGCUGCUCAUAGGGUUCAUCCGUUAGCUGGUCAAGGAAUGAACAUAGGCUUAACAGGAGUGGCUUAUUUAGCCAAUUAAGUUGUUUAAGCUAAGAAAUGUGGAUUAGAUAUUGGUGAUUAUGGUAAUGUAUUAAGUGAUUAUGAAAGAAAAGAAAAUAUAAACGCCAAAAUGAUGAUUUCUUCAAUUGAAUUUGUGAAAGCCAGUUAUUCAGGAAGAAUUUACGGAUCUGAGAGAAUUGCUGAUUCAACUCUAGGAGUUUUAAGAAAUGUAUUUAUUGAUUUGAUUCAAACAUCCAAUAUUGCAAAGUACAACUUCAUGAAUUAUGCUUCCGGCAAUCUAAAUCAUCCAAUAACAUAUGAAUGGUAAAAAAAUUGA